ACACUUGUGAGAAAAAUGACGAACCAGAAUGUCAUCGUCUCCGACAGAAAACCCAUCUUGGGUUUGAAAACCAUCACAGUCUCUGUCUCUAACUCCGCUUUGUUCUCUUCACCUCCCACUUACUUUACCUUCCCUCGUCGAAAGUUCUUGAAGCUUCUCGAAGCAGCCGACAAAAACAACAGCAAGAACAAUCUUGGUGCUGGAAAGAUUGCAUCUUGGGUCGAUUCCAUGCGUGAUUCUUCCCCUACACGUCUCAGAUCCUCUUCUCAUGACUCUUUCUCAGAUAACGACGAUCAAACUUCUUGGAUCGUUCGAUUUCCUUCUGCUUUGUCUAUGUUUGAUGAGAUUGUGAAUGCUGCAAAAGGGAAACAGAUUGUUAUGUUUCUUGAUUACGAUGGCACUCUUUCUCCUAUAGUUGAAGAUCCCGACAAAGCUUACAUAACCCAUGAGAUGCGAGAAGUUGUGAAAGACGUGGCGUUAAACUUCCCGACUGCUAUAGUCACCGGAAGAUCCAUAACUAAGGUUCGUAGUUUUGUCAAACUAAACGAGAUUUACUACGCUGGAAGCCACGGCAUGGACAUUGAAGGUCCGACAAACGAAACUAAUUACGGCGGGAGUAAUCAAGGAGUGUUGUUUCAACCUGCUAGUGAAUUUGUACCGAUGAUCGAGAAGGUCGUUAAGAUUUUACAGGAAAAGACAAAAUGGAUCCCUGGGGCAAUGGUGGAGAACAACAAGUUUUGUCUGUCCGUACAUUUUCGACGUGUUGAUGAGAAAAGAUGGGCUGCGUUAGCCGAACAAGUAAAAUCAGUUCUAAUUGACUAUCCAAAGUUAAAACUAACCCAAGGUAGAAAGGUGCUUGAAAUCCGCCCAACGAUCAAAUGGGACAAGGGCCAAGCUCUCAGUUUUUUGCUAAAUUCAUUAGGAUUCGAAAAUUCGGAAGAUGUUGUACCGGUGUACAUUGGAGAUGACCGUACCGACGAAGAUGCGUUUAAGGUUUUACGUGAAAGGGGACAAGGUUUUGGAAUUCUUGUCUCAAAAGUUCCAAAGGAAACCAAUGCCUCUUAUUCUCUUCAAGACCCUUCACAGGUUAAUGAGUUUCUGAAGCGUUUGGCAGAGUGGAAGAGGAAGGCAGUGGGAAAAAAGUGAACACAUACAACAUAAAUAACACCUGAGUUUAUUUCCAAUAUUUUUGAGGAUUUAUUUAGUAGUAGCAUAUAUAAACACCCUUUUAAGAAAACUAAAUUAGUAAAUCUAA